AUGGAGCAGGGAAAUUACAGUCGGGUGAAAGAAUUUGUUUUUCAAGGACUGACCCAGUCCCAAGAGUUGAGCUUCAUCUUAUUUCUUUUGUUAUUUUUUGUGUACAUGACAACCCUUCUGGGAAAUGCUGCCACCACGGUCACUGUGACCUGGGAGUCUCACCUUCACACCCCCAUGUACUUCCUGCUCCAAAAUCUCUCGGUCCUGGACAUCUGCUUCUCCUCCGUCACUGCUCCAAAGGUCCUGGUGGACCUGCUCUCAAGGAGAAAGACCAUCUCCUUCAACGGCUGCAUCACACAGAUGUUCUUCUUCCACCUCCUCGGUGGGGCAGACAUUUUCUCUCUCUCUGUGAUGGCCUUUGACCGCUACGUGGCCAUCUCCAAGCCCCUGCACUACGUGACCAUCAUGAGUCGGGGGCGGUGCUCUGCCCUCAUCGUGGCCUCCUGGGCGGGGGGCUUUGUCCACUCCAUCGUGCAGGUUUCCCUGCUGCUGGCCCUCCCCUUCUGUGGACCUAACGUUAUGGAUGGCUUCUACUGCGAUGUCCCCCAGGUCCUCAAACUCGCCUGCACCAACACCUCUGCACUGGAGCUCCUGAUGAUUUCCAACAAUGGUUUGGUCACUACCCUGUGGUUUUUCCUUCUUCUUGUGUCCUACACAGUCAUUCUGACGAUGCUGAGGUCCCAGGCAGGGGAGGGCAGGAGGAAAGCCAUCUCCACCUGCACCGCCCACAUCACUGUGGUGACCCUGCAUUUUGUGCCCUGCAUCUACGUCUACGCCCGGCCCUUCACUGCCCUCCCCACAGACAAGGCCAUCUCUGUCAUCUUCACUGUCAUCUCCCCUCUGCUGAACCCCCUGAUCUACACCCUGAGGAACCAGGAGAUGAAGUCGGCCAUGAGGAGACUGAAGGGAAGACUCAGACCCUCCAAAAAGGAAUAG